CAAACAGUCGUUUAAAUUAUGUGCAAAAAGCUAACGACUUUUUGUUAGAAUUUUUGAUUAAAAAUGCCUGGUCAAGGCGAUAAACGCAAAUUGAGCGACGAUGAGGACGAAGAGCAGGCUUUUUCAGACGAUGAUGAUUACCAAAUUAUCGAAGGUAUCCGCAUUCCACCGCCUACAAAACCUUCGUUAACAUUUGAUCCUGACGGGCCCCGCUUAAUGAUCACUAAAAUCCACAACAAUUUUUUCAAAAGUUACGCAGACGAUCAAGUAUUGGGCCCAUUCCAUAAGUGUUUCAAUUCCAUAAUAGGCCCCAAUGGUAGUGGCAAAAGUAACGUAAUCGACUCCAUGCUGUUUGUUUUCGGCUACAGAUCCACAAGGAUGAGGAGUAAGAAAGUCUCCACGCUCCUGCAUAAUUCCGAUAAAUACAGAAAUAUCCAGUCUUGUUACGUUGCUGUACAUUUCGCUUUAAUCGUGGAUAAGGGCAGGGACGAAUAUGAUGUAGUAGAAAACAGCGAAUUUGUAGUGUGUCGUACAGCCAACAAAGAUGGAUCUUCCUAUUACACGUUAGACGGCAGACGAGUACAGUUUAAAGAAGUCGCUAAAGUCUUGAAAAAAUACGGAAUCGAUUUAGUUUACGAUAGGUUUCUCAUUCUACAAGGUGAAGUAGAGCAAAUAGCCAUGAUGAAUUGCAAGGCCCAAAAUGAAAACGAAGUCGGGAUGUUGGAAUAUUUAGAAGAUAUCAUUGGAACGACUGGUUAUAAAAAACCCCUGCAGUUGGUUAACGAACGAAUAGAGUACAUAACAUCGAUUAAAAGCGAGAAAAUGAACAGGAUAAAUUUGCUGAAGAACGAAUUAGUUCAAUUAGAGGAACCUAUGAAAGAAGCGGUGGCAUUUUUGAAAACCGAAAAUACAGUUGUUCAAAGUAAAAAUUUUCUCUAUCAAAAGGAGAUAUACAAUAUUGAAAAUAAAUUCGAAGAUAUCAGCAAAGAAAAAGAAGGGGUUGAAGAAGAAUUGAGGAAUAUCGACGAGAAGCUCAAAAAUAUUACUGGCCAAAAAGAAGAGAAAAAUGCAAUUCUUAAACAAAAAUCAGCGACAUACGAACUUUUACAAAAACGCAAGGAAGGCAUAACAGAAGCUUUCAAUACAGCCAAUAACAGAGACUUGAAACUGCAAGAAAAGAUGGUAUCUACAAACGCAAAUCGCAAGAAGAUCAAACAACAAAUAAUCAACGAAAAUAAGAGGCUGGAAAAACUGCAAAAUGCUCCCCAAAAAGCAGAUGAGGAUAUCAAAGAGUGCCAAGAUAAACUCGAACAAGAAACAGCUAAUAAAGUGAAAUACGAAGAAGAAAAACGAGUCGCAACAGCUGCCGUAAUAGAAGAAACAAAAGGUUUACAAGAGAAGAGAGGUGCAUUGCAGAACGAAUUAAUCGGAUUGAAGAAAACCGCUGAGGAAGCAAAAUCUGCAUACAACAUAGCAGAAUCCGAGUUGAAAUUGUUCACGAGCAGCGCCGAAAGUGAAAAGAAGAAACUCGAAGAGCUAACGUCGGAAUACGAAAGUGUAAAGGCGAAUUUAGAAGAAAAAACGAAGCUAUUCGAUAUUUUAAGCAAGAAAUUACAACCGACGGAGAGAUCCCUGAACGACGCUUUGAACGAGUUGAACGGCUUCAAGAAAAAAGAAGAAACCGCCAUGCAUACCUUUUCUAAAAACAAGAAGAACUUGGAGGAAAAAAGGAGCUUAAUGCAAGCGUCCGCGUCGAGAAAUCGAGUCUUAGAUAGCCUUAUGAACGAGAAGAAAAAGGGCAAUUUACCCGGACUAUAUGGACGAUUGGGUGAUUUGGGAGGUAUCGAUCAAAAAUACGACGUUGCCAUAUCCACUGCUUGCGGCCCCUUAGACGAUAUAGUUGUAGAUGUUGUACAAACAGCUGAAGCUGCAAUACAAUUUCUAAAAACCCACAACAUCGGUAGAGCUAAUUUCAUACCACUAGACAGACAAGAGCAUCUCAGAGAAAAAACAUUGACUAAAAUUACAACGCCCGAAGGCGUCCCCCGUUUGUUCGAUCUCGUCAAAGUACAAGAUGAAAAAGUUAAAACGGCCUUUUACUAUGCUCUUAGAGACACCCUGGUAGCCGGUGAUAUAGAUCAAGGCUCCAGAAUCGCUUAUGGGGCUCAGAGAUAUCGAGUGGUAACUCUUAAAGGAGAACUUAUAGAGUUGUCAGGAACGAUGAGUGGUGGCGGUAAAACGGUUAGCAGAGGUCGAAUGGGGCAAUCGGUUAAAGUAGCAAACGUAGACCCGGUGGAAAUAAAUAAUUUGGAACAAGAGCUCGUUAAGACCGAAGGAAUGGUCAGAGAAACCAGGCAAAGGCAGGCCGAUUUGUCCAAUCAAAUCAAAGCCCUGCAGCCGGAAUUGGAGCAAAUGAAACUCGAUUACGAUUCGUAUACAUCGGAAAUCAAGGAUUUGAAGCUGCGCAAACCUCGAUUGGAGAAGCAGCUCGUCCACCAAAGACAGAAAACCAACUCCACCAAGGCGGAUCCCGUGCAAGUGGAAAAGUUAACGAAAACUAUCGCAGAGAAAAAAGAAGUUUACGAUGAAAUGGCUGAAAAAGUCGACGCGUUUCAACAGCAAAUCGACGCGAUUACGAACGAAAUGAACGAAAAGAACGCCAAAAAAGUCGGUCCUAUCGAUAAAAAAAUCAAAGCGGCCACUGUCACCAUUAAUAAAUGUACCCAGGAAAUUACCAGACUGCGGAACUCCGUUACAACAUCCAAAAGGGAUUUGAAGAACUGCGAGCAACAAAUAGCCAACAUGGAACAGAAAGUGUCAGAGAUGGAAGAGAGCCUGAAGCAAAUGCGCGAUGAGAGAACCGAAAUCGAAGAAGAUGCCGCUAAAUUGUUGAAAUGCAUCGAAGAAAUCACCGAGCAACUGAAGGGAGACGAGGAAUCUUACGCCGAUAUAAAAGAAUCCGUCGCCGAGUUGACCGCCAAAGAAAACGAACUGAAAUCCGAAAAAAUCGAUAUCGAUCACAAGUACAAGACGAUCAGGGCCAAGGUAAACGAGUUUCAAGGCGCCAUUCAUCAAUUAAAAGCUAAGUUAUCUCAACUGAAACUACAAAACAUCCCCGAGGAGAGUCCGGUCGAGCUUAAAGAGUACACGGAGAGCGAACUGGAAGAGGAAAACGCCGGCAAGUAUCAGAAAGACCUGGAGAACGCCGAGAACGUCCUGAAAGUCGCCAAACCCAAUCUCAGCAUAAUCGAAGAGUACAACAACAAGCGGCAAGUGUUGGUCGAACGUACCAACGAUUUGGACGAACUCAACGAGAGAAGGCUGAAAAUCUGCAAGGUUUUCGACGAUCUGAAAUCGAGGCGAAAGGACGAAUUCAUGAAGGGAUUCAACAUCAUCAGGAUGAAACUGAAGGAAAUGUACCAAAUGAUUACCCUAGGUGGAGACGCCGAUUUCGAAUUGAUCGAUAAUUACGAUCCGUUUCACGAAGGAAUACAGCUAAGUGUGAGGCCGCCGAAGAAGUGCUGGAAACACAUAUCGAAUCUAUCGGGCGGCGAGAAAACUUUAACGUCCCUGGCCCUCGUCUUCGCUUUGCACUAUUACAAACCGUCCCCGUUCUACGUAAUGGACGAAAUCGACGCGGCUUUGGACUUCAAGAACGUCUCGAUCAUCGCGAAUUACAUCAAGGAGCGCACGAACAACGCGCAAUUCAUCAUAAUAUCUCUGCGAUCGGAGAUGUUCGAAAACGCCGAUAAUCUCAUCGGUAUCUAUAAAACGUACAAUUGUACGAAAUCGGUGACGCUGGAUCAUAGGGUUUAUGGGGAAAGUAGGGAGAGGAACGGUGAUGGCGGGGAAAAUGAUAAAAAUGGGGAGGCUAAUGGGGAAAAUGUUACGGGGAGUGAGAUGAAUGGAGAUAAUAUCACGGGAAGGGAGACUAAUGGGGAAAACAUCACGGGAAGUAAGAUAAAUGGAGGAAAUAUAACGGGAAGGGAGACAAAUGGAGAAUCUAGCAUAGAGGCUUCUAUGAAUGCUUCUAAUGAAGAAGAUAUGGAUUUAAAUUAGGAUUAAGUGUCAUGAAAAUAUUGAGACAAUUUUCAAUUUUACUUCAAUUAAUAUAGUUCAUGUUUUAUUGAAAAUAUUAUCC